CGAGAUUUAAAAUUAAUGGCUGCGUUCUUGUAAAAAUUUUAAUCAUUGUCUGACAAUUUGAUAGUAAGUGAAAAUGCAGCAGCAGCCACCUCAACGAUAUCCAUCCGGUCCACCACCUAUGCGUCCUCCUUAUUCUCAACCUAAUUACCCACCGGGAGGAAGACAGUAUGGUAGUGGUCCACCACCAGGACAGAUGGGAGGAGGUCCACCAAGAAUGGGGAUGCCGGGAGGGAUACCACAUCCAGUUUAUGCUUCUCCAUCUUCUGUAUCUGCUACUUCUCUCUCUGUUAAAACAACAUCUAGUGCAUCUAAAAUGAAAGACCCUUCAGGUAGUUCUAAAAGUAAGGAUUCCUCAAGUAGCUCUAAAAACAAGGAGAAUUCUUCUAGUAUGGCACGACCAGGUAUGUCACCAGGAAUGCCCCCUCCACCUCCAGGAAUGGGAACACCAAUGGACAGAAAAAGGGGUCCAGAUCCAAGAUCAGCACAGCAACAGCAAUUGAAAGCGAAGAAGAAGAAAAAGAUUGCUGACAAAAUCUUGCCACAGAGGGUGCGCGAUUUAGUUCCAGAAUCCCAAGCUUACAUGGAUCUCUUGGCAUUUGAACGUAAACUUGAUGCGACUAUAAUGAGAAAAAGAUUGGACAUUCAAGAAGCUUUAAAACGACCAAUGAAACAGAAAAGGAAAUUGAGAAUUUUUAUCUCCAAUACAUUUUACCCACCAAAGCCAGAAGGAGAGGAUGGAGAAGAGUCAAUACCAUCUUGGGAACUUCGUGUUGAAGGCAGACUACUGGAAGAUGCUGCGACUGCCAAGUUGAGUGAUGCCAACAAGAUAAAGAGAAAGUUUUCAUCUUUCUUUAAGUCUUUAGUAAUCGAGUUAGAUAAAGAUCUGUAUGGUCCAGACAACCAUCUUGUUGAGUGGCAUCGUAUUCCUAAUACACAAGAGACAGAUGGUUUUCAAGUUAAAAGACCAGGUGAUAACAAUGUAAAAUGCACUGUUUUACUUAUGUUGGAUUAUCAGCCAAUGCAGUUUAAACUGGAUCCUCGGCUUGCUCGUCUGCUAGGUAUUCAUACACAGACGCGACCAGUAAUUAUCAAUGCUUUAUGGCAGUACAUCAAAACACACAAACUACAGGAUUCUAAUGAACGGGAAUACAUCAACUGUGACAAGUAUCUUGAACAGAUAUUUGAAUGUAAGAGAAUGAAGUUUGCUGAGAUUCCAGCCAAAUUACAUCCAUUAAUGAUGCCACCAGAUCCGAUCGUUAUUAAUCAUCUUAUCACUGUAGAAGGACCAGAUGCUAAGAAGACAGCUUGUUAUGAUAUAGAUGUUGAAGUGGAUGAUACAUUAAAACAACAGAUGAAUUCUUUCCUGUUAUCUACCCAGAGUCAACAAGAGAUAUCUAAUCUAGAUAACAAGCCGAAAGGAAAAGAUCCAGCACUUACUCGAGUUAUCACUCAUGAUUUUACUAUCCAUGAAACUGUGGAGACCAUAAAUCAGUUAAAGACUAAUAGAGAAUUUUUCCUGGGCUUUGCUAAAGAUCCACAAGAUUUUAUCAACAAUUGGUUGAUAUCGCAGACAAGAGAUUUAAAGACAAUGACAGAUGUGGUAGGAAACCCAGAAGAAGAAAGAAGAUCUGAUUUCUUCUAUCAAACAUGGUCACAGGAAGCUGUGUGUCGUUACUUCUAUGGAAAGGUACAACAAAGAAGAGUGGAGUUAGAACAGGCAUUGGGCAUUAGAAAUACAUAAAUAUCAUUAAUCACAUCAUCUUGUCAUAAAAGCAUCCUGUUUCAAGACCAUUUAUUCAUAAAUUCUCAGGAUAUAAUAAAUGUUUGAAAUACAUGGUAUAGCAUCAAGAAAAUGGGCAUCCUGCUAUUAUGUCAAAAUUAGAUUUUAAAAUAUAAUUUGAAUGAUGUAAUUGUCAGAAUUACUACAACUACAAACAAAUACAUUUUAUUAUUAAGCCACAUUAUUAUUAAAAUAAAACCUGCUGGUCAUUAUACGCAUUUUGUUGAAAAUAUCUUAAUUCAUAGCUUAAUCAGUGCUAUAAUGUAAUCAAAUUAAAUAAAGUGCUUUUCAGUACAUCAUUUUGCAAAUACUGAACGAAAUUGAUCCAUUUUUGGACUUGGAUCCAUCUUUCUCAAAUGACAACAGUCGUUUUAAAAAUCAUGUUAAAUAUGUCCUAUUAAAUGUUGGUUUCAACUCUUUAUCUAGUUCGAUAUUAAUGGGUUGUAACAUCGAUUUUAUAGAAUUAAAUCACACAGUGACAUAUAAGUCAUAUUACAUCUGGGCUUUAUAUAUGUACCCAUUUGAUUUGAAUUCUUAUAAUUAAAUGACUAGUAAAAUAUUUUAUGUUAAUUAAAGAAAUACAUUGAGGUAAAUGUAACUAUUUCAUUUAUCCUAAGUAAUUGUCAUAGAAAAUGUUAAUGAAUUGUAACAAUUGUACAUGGACAGCAUAGUAUGUACCUGUACUUGGUAAACAUGCACCUUCGGGGUUGUUUGAAAUAGUUUGGUUUCAGUUGUAACUUAUCCCAGUUUAUCAGUUUGUCCCUAAACAAAUGUGCCUUCUCUUACAAUUUUACAUAUCUAAACUAAUCUUUGUUUGAUUUUGCUUGUUUGAUAUCCAGCCAUUUUGGAAUCUGUGAUAUACUGCAAGACAAGAAAUGAAUGCAUCAUAAAAUUGUUGUUAAUAGAGGGGAAUUUACCUAAAUGUGUUUUGAAAGUAAUACAACUGUUGUAUCUUACUUUUGACUUAGAAAUAGUUUAUCAUCAAAAUUGUACUGUUUUAAGUGAUAUUUUGGUAUACUCCUGAUUUAAUAAAUAAAUAAACAUCAUUUUAUGUCAGAGAACAAAACUAUGUAUCGAAAUGAAUGCAACUGGAGCAUUAAUUUCUUAUUGUACAGUAGUGCUGGGUAUUGUCUCUGCAGUCACAAUACGGUACGAUAUUGCGAUUCAGGUGCUAUGAUAUGAUUCGAAUCACGAUUCAUACCAGGUCAAUAUUUACCAAGAAAACAGGAUAAAUGAAUAAUUGGUAUUUUUAGUCCUGCCGAUGUCGAAGAAAUAAAACUGUUUUAUUUCAUGUAGAUCAAAAUGUGGACCAAAACAGACUAAAAGUGUUUGUAUACCUAUGGAUAAUGUGUAACGUGGAUAAUUAAGAGUGAUGGGUUACUUACUGAAGCGACAAAAAAAACAUAAAAACAAAGUUUCACGACACAUCGAUUCAGCGUCCCACGAUUCAAUACGCGAAUCGUGAGAAGGUGAAUCUCAAUACAUCAAUUCAACAAUAUAUCAUGCCAGCACUAUUGUACAGUAAUCACUUAUUUGUGGUUCAUGUUUGUUAACAGCACAAUGAUCUUUUGAAAAAAUAUCUAUGUUGACAGAUGGUUUCCUGGAAUCAAGCUAUAUGUUUAUAUUGUAAUAGCCUUACAACUCAUUGGUGGACAAUCAAGUUACAGUCGACUUUGUAAAACCUAAUGACAGUACAGAAUAUUUUUUCAAAGGAAACACACUGUGUACCAGUGUAUCAUUUUUAGCAUCAAAUGAAUGUAGAAAUAUUCAUGUAAAGUAGUUUUCAUAUAGUUGCAUGUAUCAGUAUCAUAACAUACUAUUGGUCAUUAAAUAAAUUUUUGUAAACCAUCA